GUCAAUUCGGUAGUACGUUCUCAGAUCAAAGCCUGCAGAUUUGUCUUGAAAAAUCGAUCAUAAUUUAUUUUUCUCCAAAGAAGCUAAAUCACAUAUAUGGUCUUUUACUGCAAAGCCAGUACGUGAGAAAGCAAGUACCAAAACAAGGCCAACAUCUUCUCACAGAAGCAGCUUGGUGGACCACAUAACAUCACUCGAGGCAGAACAUCUGCCAGCUUCAUUGAACCUUUUGGUUUUGCCAUCACUUACUAGAGAGACCUCUCAAAUAAUAUCCUAGCAUCAAUCCCAACCGAAAACUUACAACUCUCUGACACGACUUAGAUUCUCUCUUACCGGUACCAAGCAUUUUACCGGACAGAAGAGAGUAAUACCUGUCGUCCUUCAAUCACCCCUGGUCUAUCCAUCCAAGCAAAGUGUCGUACCAGUAUCUUACGACUCGACGAAAACAUUUAAGCCAAGCUCUGGACUAUUUCUAUCAAGUUGAAAUACUCUAACCAAGCUUAAGAUCAUUUUCGCCCCCAGGACAGACUUGGUGGAAAUAUCUAAGCACAACUUCAGAUUGGUUUUACUCCCAGUCUCGGGCAAGUACUUGAGCCAGGGUCUAGCGUCUCCAUUUUCAGUAUCGGUUCGACAACGCCCAUCUCAGAUCUUAGCCAGCGACAUCAACACCAGCCAUCCACAGCUGGCAAUAUCUUCUGUCGGUCUAUCAAAUACACAUCGAAACACGGACCAGCCAUCAACAAGGCAUCGCUUACCGACCACAUACAACAUGGCCCCUGCCAACUUCAAGACGUAUGAGUCUCAGGCUAGGCUGCUCGCCGCAGUUCUUGCUAGUGCUCCGGAAUUGAAACUCAACUUUAAGGCCAUUGCUGCUCACUAUGGCUCUGAUACGACCACAUCUGGCAUUGAACACCGCUUCCGGCCCAUCAAGAAGCAGGCUGCAGCAAUACGUGCCGCCGUUGCCAAGGGUAAAGACCCAAAGGAUAUGCAGGACAUUAUCGGCAUGAACGAAAAGGAAAUCGCCAAAUACUACGGCGAAUCCACCCCUCAUGGUCUUGAAUUUCAGUUCCGGUCGGUCAAGUCGAACGCCCGCAAACUCCAAGAAGUCGCCCUGGCCGGCGGCAACACGGCUACAGCACUCGACAUGACCCCCUCUACCCCGCGCAAACGCAAGGCCACAGGCUCGGCCGCCGCGACCCCAGCCUCGAAGCGGGGCAAGAAGAAGACGGCACCCAAGGUCGAAAUGCUCAGCGACGAUGAGUACGACCAGGACGCCGAUUACGACGAGCUGGACGCCAAACCCAGCACAUCUGCCCAACCUCCGAUGCCUUUUGCGCCCGCCAGCGUUCUACACACCAUUUCGGACGCGAACAACCGCUCUGAAAGCCCCAACGAUGGCGCCGCGCGGGUGUCGGACAAUUCGGCGGUCGAUAACGAGCCCGUCUUGGAGCGCGAGGCGGAUCCGCUCCUUUCGCUGCAUUCGUGGGGCGGUUUCGACGCUGCCGAGGACGAUGGCGAAUGUUGAACCUUGGGCUUCGGGAAUACGGUGGUAUUUGAUCCUGAAGUGUUUGGUUUCGGGGUUUGUUUGCGCAACGCCGUACCGAGAUGAACGUACCCAGACUUCGCAGUGAUUUCCUGGUUGGAUUUCUUCUAUGCACCCUUUUUUCUUUUUCACCCAGAUUAUUUUUAUUAUUUUGCAAGUUUUUACCGGCUUUUGCGCUGGAUUCCUUUUUUAUAUUUACCCCUGUACUUUUCUUUUGCGUCGAUUUCGGAUUUUGACCUGGAGGAAUUUGAGAAUAAGCGCUGAUUUUGCAAAAAGAAAAAGAAAACGAAAACAUAAGCCUACAAAGUAUUAUUACCUGAGAGGACCGGAUGGGAUAUACCCAAAAGCCUGCGAUAGAUUUAACCAGAUUGAAAAUUAUUUGCCC